AAAGUAAAGCAACGAAAUCAUACCGAUAAAUGGAGACGUUUGUUCUACUCCCACCAACCUGAAUUUACACCGGCACCAGACCAGACAUCAUGCUAUCCAUCCGGCACACCGUCACAAAGGCUUUUGCCUCCCAGGCCGCUGUCCGUCAAGGCACCUUCCGCAGGCCCAUUGCCCUGUUCUCUACCUCCUCGCAAAAAUCUGUCGAAGGCUCAUCGGGAUCGAAUUCUCCUUCGCAGUCCCCCCGCAUGCAAGACAAAGACCAGGUGCAAGCCGAACAGCAGGCCAAGGACCCUCAGAAGAUGGCAAAUCUCGGCCAGGAAAGCAACAGGUCCAAGCCCGAGGACGUGACGGGCGGAUUGCACACCCAAGGCGUCAAGGGGAAAAGCCGGGACGAUGAGAGCUUGGGAAAGGCUGCCAAGAACAAGGCGAGUGGAUGAAUGGCCUGCAAGGGAUUUCGGGUUCAAAAUGAUGUUGGACAGAAGGUCAUGCUAUGGUCUUUAGUGAUCUAAAUAUUAAUAGGGUACCUUACUUUAUCCACGGGCUGUCUAAUUUUGGGGACUCCCUGAUUCAGAUGUUGCCUUGGUCCCUUCUGAG